GUUGAGCCGAGGCCAGUGCCCACUCACUCGACUUGUGGGCCACUGCAAUGGCCUUGGAGUGACCGAUACGUCAUAUCUGUCAGGCAUUGACGAAGACAAAAAGAAAGUGAGUCACUGCGGGACUCCCCUUCACCAGGGCAUGCAGUCUUGUACAAAUUUUCUACGACUCGUAGAUCUACUCUCGUCGACGUCCUACGACAAGCUUGCAAGCUAGCUACGGUAUGAUAACUGGAUUUGUAUCGUGGACGUGGGGAUAUCACCUUCGAAAAGGCUUUCCGAAGAUUGUCGAGUUGUGAAGAGGUCGUUCUUAUCUGUCAACCUGUUGUGAGUACGAGAAUCACCAGUACAGUGUAGAAACUGUGUUUGUCUUGUGGCAACCCAUGGCUCAAUGGGAAAAAGCCCAACGUCUGAGUGGAAAACACGGGCAGCUGCUGCGUGAGUUAUACAACACCUAUUUUCCAUUGGAGGCUCGUCAUUAUUUUGCUGAAUGGCUGGAAAGUCAAUCUUGGGCUGAUAUUGAUCCAGAUAAUAAUCUCCAUGCUGAUGCUGCUAGUCAGCUCUUCGCACAAUUUUUGGAUUUGAUCGAUGGAAAAAUUCAAGAGGAGUGUGUGGACAACAAUGCCUUCCUUCUCCGACAUCAACUGGACAAUGUGUGUGGCUCGCUACGGCAGCGUUAUUCCUCCAAUCCAUUGGAGUUUGCCCGCAUGGUGAAGCAUUGCUUGAACACCGAAGCAGAACUCUUGAGACUGGAAGAGAAUGACUUUACUUCUGGUUUCGACGUGUCUCCUCACCAAUCAAGUAUUGAUGCUGCCAUUCAUCGACUCAGAUGUUUAAUAGAGGAGGUUGAGAAUGAUGUGAAAUUGCUACAGCAGAGACAGGAGGCAGUGGUCAUUCAGACGCAAGAGCUAUGGAGAGUCAGUUCUGGCUUGACUGGGCUCCAGCAGCAGCCACAGGGUCCAACCUCGCCUGACCACGCUCAGCAAUCCCAGUUGAACAAAGAUCAGAUCCGUGGCCUGUGCAAGAUCAAGACUAAACUUGAAGAGACAUUGAUGAAGGAAGCCGACUCCCUUGUUGCUGCCAGGAAGAACUUGUACAUGAAGUCUGAGCAGAUGUUAAUGGAGUACAAGAGCGUACAGGACACGGUGUUGGAUGAUGAGUUGAUGAAGUGGUCUAGAGCGCAGCAAUUGCAUGCCGUUGGCGGGCCACCGCCAGGUCCUCUCGACCAGCUUCAAAUUUGGUGUCAAGAAUUAGCUGACAUCAUCUGGAGGUGCCGAAGACAAGUGCAGCAGAUGGAGCAUUUGAAGUCUCACUUAUCGGUUACUGAAGGCCCUGAUAUGGAGCUGAAUGAGUUGAAUUUGAAUGUCAACAAUCUUCUGUGUAUGCUAGUGACAAGAACAUUUAUUCUUGACAAGCAGCCACCGCAGGUCUUGAAAACGAUGACAAGAUUUGGUGCUUGUGUUCGGUUACUGGCGGGUAGUAAGCUGACUGUGUACAUGAACCAUACAGAGGUCCAAGCACACAUCAUCAAUGAGAAGCAGGCUCGCAAUCUGGCCAAGGAGAACACUGUGCCGGUGAAGGCGGAGGUCAGUGGUGAGAUUUGCAAUAACACAAAGGUGAUGGACUUCAACAAGUCGACAGGAACCCUCAGUGCCGAGUUCAACAAUAUGUCUUUGAAGCGUAUCAAGCGACCAGACAAGAAAGGACCGGAGCAUCAACUUGCUGUCACCGAGGAGAAGUUCUGUAUCUUGUUCACUUCCAAAUUCUCCAUGGGCAGUGGUGAGCUCGUCUACUCUGUGAGGACGAUAUCCUUGCCUGUGGUGGUGGUUGUUCAUGUCAAUCAAUCGCCAGCAGCAGAAGCCACCAUUAUGUGGGACAAUGCCUUCUCAGUGCCUGGCCGUGAUCCCUUUCUAGUGCCGGAUGCUGUCUGCUGGCACCGAAUGGCUCAUGCGCUCAGUUUGCGCUUUGAAUCAAUCAACCAGCGUGGCUUGUCGGACAGCUUGCUCUCAGUGGUCUUCAGCAAAGUCUUCCCUGGGCAAGCUGAAGAUCUGUCAACAUCUUUCUCGUGGGCUAAGCUAUACAAGGAGCCAUUGCCAAGCCGAUCUUUCACUUUCUGGGAAUGGUUUUAUGGGACGUGUGAUCUGGUGAAGCGACAUCUCCAGCAGCAAUGGCAGGAUGGCCUGAUCGCUGGCUUUGUGUCACGGCAGCAGGCGGAAGACAUGCUCCUGUCUGAACCUCUACACGAUAACUUCAUCUUGAGGUUUAGUGAUUCAGAAGUAGGUGGCUUGACAACAGCAUACAGCAUGGUCAACCCAAACACAGGUGUUCGAGAAGUGUAUCAUCUGCAACCUUGGACUGCAAGGGACUUCACUGUCCGAGCUUUGGCAGAUCGCAUCCAUGAUUUGGCUGAGCUUCGGUGUGUCUAUCCCAACGUGGAUAAAGAUGAAGUGUUUGGCAAGUAUUACACUCCUCCAGCUUCUUCUCAAGUGCCGAAAUCAUGUAGUGUUAUAGGCUCAGGCUAUGUGGCCACACGCAUCAUUGUGGUAGCCGAAACUGGCCCACGCUCAUCUAACGGCAGUACCUCAGCCAGUAUGGACUGUGUGGCCAGUCCAGCAUCGGUGUCGUCUGCUGUUGGUGGCAAUGGCAAGAUGAAUGUUUCAAGUCCUCCUACGCCGUCUGCCUUUACUGGGGAACGAGGUGGUGCAGCAUCAGAAGCAGCGAGUAGUGGAGCACUGGCAAUGAUGUCAUCCUAUCCGCCUCACUCCACGCCGUCAGUAGCUGUGACAUCAUCGGCGGCGAGUGUGCAUAGCAUGUCUCAUGCUGAUGUUGUUAGUCCUGCUGGUGUUGUAGUGCAGGAUGCCAGUGCGGCUGUUGCUGCAGCCAUGGGUGCUAUGGGUGAAUUGAUGCAAGCCGAAUCAGGAGCUAGUAUUAACCUGAGCGAUGUACUCAACAUGGCCGGUUUGAACGCCGAUACAGCUGCAGCUAGUCAUCCCAUGGGAGCUGUGGAUUCUAUUGAGGAUCUGCUCGACCUCUACACACACGACUAGCGCACUGCAAUGAUCAGCAGUGAGUCGUAUACACUACACACUACACCAGUUGCACUGCUGGUGCUCAUGUUGCUGGGUUUUGAUUUGGUGUGGCAAUGCAUUGCUCGGAUGUCUACUCACGGACACGUGUACUCACAGCGCGAGCGGAGAUGUGCACGCUUAGUUGCUGUACAGAGUGGUGUAUGACCGUAUGCUUGGCGUGUCCACUGCCUGCUUAGUUGCUGUACAGAGUGGCGUAUGACUGUGUGCUUGGCGUGUUCACUGCCUGCUUAGUUGCUGUACAGAGUGGUGUAUGACUGUGUGCUUGGCGUGUCCACGGGCUGCUUAGUUGCUGUACAGAGUGGUGUAUGACUGUGUGCUUGGCGUGUCCACGGGCUGCUUAGUUGCUGUACAGAGUGGUGUAUGACUGUAUGCUUGGCGUGUCCACUGGCUGCUUAGUGUACUACAGCCUGUAAACAGUAGUAGCAUGUCCAGAGCUGAACCUCUAUUGAAAAGUGCAGUGACUUCCGUGCAAUAUGUGUUGAAAGGUACAACACUUUAAAGCCUGUAUUAGCCGGACAAGGUCGACCGACAUGUCAGCCCCCCCCCCCCCUUGAUUUUGUACAAUUAUUUAACCCCAGACUCCUUGCAUUGCUCAUUGGUACAUGUAGUUGCUUGCGAGCAACAGAUGUAGUUUCUUGCGAGCAACGGAUGUAGUUUCUCGAGCAACGGAUGUUGCAUGUACGUUGUAGCAUAGCUGUGCAUAUGGCAUUGCAAGACACUCCCGGUGUGUGUGUGUGUGUGUGUGUGUGUGUGUGUGUGUGUGUCUGUGUAUGAAAGGGAGAGAGUAGUAGUAGUAGUAGUAACUUGUGUUAUUCGUUACCAGUAUGCUUGCCUGCUCUGCAAUGUCUAGCUGUAUAUGAAUGUGUCCAUCCGAGCAGCUUGUCUUGUCUUGUUUCUCUUUGCUCUCAAGUCCCUGGUGGACACUCUUUCUCCUUCACUUUCUCUCUCUCUCUCUCUCUCUCUCUCUCUCUCUCUCUCUCUCUCUCUCUCUCUCUCUCUCUCUCUCUCUCUCUCUCUCUCUCUCUCUCUCUCUUUCCUGGACUGGCAUGUUCUUUGUGGACCUGCCCUCGGAGUCCUUGUUUAUUUUUUUAUCAGAUUCACUGGUACGUGGUAUGGUGACAUUGUCAAUCCAUGUGCAUUGUUAUAUGCUGUUUUUACUCAGAACCAUCUCUUGCUCUAACACUGCUGCCUGAUUUUUAUUUUCAUCUUAUAGUUGCUAUUACAUGUAAUAGUUUUACACGUCUCUGUUAUGAUCAUGCCAGGAUUAGCCAAACGCACUGUAUACCGGGUGUGGGCAGCGAAUGAGUUUCCUUUCCUGCCCACGUCUACUGUCACUUGCAAGUUGCAACUAAUAUUACUUUCCAUCGUCAGUUUUUAACCUUUAACAUGCCUAUUUGCACCAGCAUACAACCGCACCUCUGUUUGUGUG